AUCCAGACGUGCCCCGGAUACAGAAACUUGAAGCUAUUUGAAAUCUGCAAGCCAAAAUUUUCUCUUGGGGGAAACAAAAGAGCGAAAUAACUUGGAGGGAUCAGAGUCCUGAGGCGCCAGAAAUGGUCCUGUGAAGGAAAAGGCAUCUGGAGACCCAGAAGAGUCCUUGGACCCAUUUGGAGUUGCUGUGCAGGAGAGAGAAAGGAUGGAGACACAACCUUUGGGAAAGGAGGGAGCCGGAAAAGGCUCUUCAGCUGCUCAGCCUGGGAAAGGGGGGAAGCUCUGGACAAGGACUGCGCAGAAGAUCCUGCAGGAGGAAACCAUCCUCCCUUCAGAAGUUCAGCUCCGGAACUUCACCCAAUACUGGGAGGCUGAGGGUCCCCGAGGACUUUGCAGCCGACUCCAUGGCUUUUGUAGGCAAUGGCUGAGACCAGAAAAGCACACCAAAGCCCAGAUGCUGGACCUGGUGGUUCUGGAGCAGCUCCUGUUCCUUCUGCCCCCAGAGAUGGAGGGCUGGGUGAGGGAAUGUGGAGCAGAGACCAGCUCCCAGGCGGUGGCCCUGGCUGAAGGCUUCCUCCUGAGCCAAACGGAGGAGCAGAAGGAGCAGGUUGACUUGCAGGGCUGCACUGUGGAGAUCAGAGAUCCUGAGGGAAAGAAGAGCCCAUCAAAUCCCCCUCAGGAUCUAUUUUUCAGGAGGAUCCCUUGGGAAGAUCAAAGUCAAGACACCUCAGGAGAGGAAAAAAGAAUGAAGUUUUCUGGUUUUUCUGACAGAAAUCAAACAGCGGUUGAAUCUCCAAAUCAAAAGGGUCUUGUGUCCUUUGAAGAGGUGGCUGUGUAUUUCUCAGAGGAGGAAUGGUCUCAGCUGGAUCCUGACCAAAAAGCGCUGCAUUCGGAAGUCAUGCUUGAAAACCAUAGGAACGUGGUCUCUCUGGGUAAUAAUGGACAGGAGAAUCAAGAUUCCUGUGAACUGUUCCAAGUAAUCAAUAAAGAUGGAACAGAGAAAUUUGGAAUUCAAAUGGAAUUAGAAAGCCAAGAGAAAAAAGUCAAAUAA